GCCGUUGACUACGUGCUGUCACAACUACAUCAAAUUGGCAAAGAAAAUAAGCUCAACUCCAUAGAACAAGUUAAACGGAUAUACCUUGAACCGGAACCGUUUACUGUCGAAAACGGUUUGUUGACACCUACGCUGAAAGCGAAACGUCCACAAUUACGGCAUAGAUACAAAGAGAUUAUUGCUAGGAUAUAUCGUGAGAAUAAAGAUCUUUAA